AUGGGCUCACCUGUUGCAGAUGCUACCGCCUACCGGAGUCUUGCUGGUGCCUUGCAGUACCUCACUUUCACCCGCCCGGACAUCACGUAUGCGGUUCAGCAGGUUUGCCUUCAUAUGCACGAUCCCAGAGAGUCACAUCUUGCUGCUAUGAAGCGCCUCCUGCGGUAUGUCCGUGGCACUGUUGACCACGGCCUGGUGUUUCACCAGUCUACUUCCGCUGAGCUGGUUGUCUACACCGACGCUGACUGGGCGGGUUGUCCGGACACCCGCCGCUCCACUUCCGGCUACGCCAUCUUCUUGGGCGGCAACCUCGUCUCUUGGUCGUCCAAGUGGCAGCCAGUUGUCUCCCGCUCCAGUGCCGAGGCGGAGUACUGGACGGUCGCGAACGGCGUGGCGGAGUAUUGA